AUGCUCACACAGCACAGGACUCGUUUCGCCGAGGCCUCCGCGAGGUUGAUCCAGAGUCGCCCAUGGGUCUUAGCGUACCUCGGUGAAGCGAAGUGUGCCAAGGUGGACGCCCACAAGACUUGGCUGUGGUCGACGGUGGAACUAGGCAAGCUUGCUCAGGAUGAAUUGGCGAACGGCAGGCUGAUGAUCAUGCGCUUAGUCCGCAUCCUCGAGUUAAUCAAACUCAUUUCAAAGCUGCGCGAGCUCGAGAUGCGCUGGAGAAUGUUAGGAGGGUCUCCCAUGCGAUUGGAGAAGUUCAAGCUCUUGACCACCCCCGUCGGCAAGAAGCAGGGACUGGCGCCCCUGCUCGACGCGCGCACCCGAUGGGGUACUACUUAUACCAUGAUUCAGCGGGCAACCCAAUGCAAGGACGCCUACAACUCUGUCCUCAUUGACCUUAACUUGACUGACUACAUCCUCGAUGAGCUUGAAUGGCGACGGUUUGGUGCCCUGAUGGACCUCCUCGGACUAUUUGAUCAGUCGACUACUCAAGCAUGUGCAAGUAAGAGCCACAGGACCAUCGCGAUGAGCAUCGUUAUGUACAACAAGUUGAUGCAAGAGAUUGAGGACUUUGUCGAGCGUAACAAGGAGAGGUUGCCCGAUGUUUGCCUCGGUGCAACUGCUGCAUACAAUAAGCUCAAGAAGUACUAUGCAGCAACGGACAGAUCGCCAAUCUACUCUGUGGCAACGGCUCUUCAUCCCGCGAUGCGGUUCAAAUACUGGUCCGACCAAAACUGGGGAGCGCGCAACGACCCCAAUGAGCUGAUCCUUCUGGAUACCGACAUCGACAACACUGAUGCGGAGCUGCUGUUGCUCGGCAUGACGACGGCGAGCAAAGGCGACCAGCUGGAGGAGUUUGUGACUGGACCACUGCUCGCCAACCCCUGCCGUACACACGAGGUCGUCUAG